GCGGGCGGCAGAGCUGCAGCGGCGGGGCCAGUGAUCGAUUCGCAGCGCUCAGUAGCCGGUUCCCCACCCGCCGCCACCGCCGGGAACGCGGAUCGCAGCGAGCCCGCGGGGUGGUGCGGCAGGCGGUGAGGAGGAGGGGGCGGAGGAGGAGGGGGAGAGCGCGGGAUGGAGGAGAAGGUCUUCACCAAGGAGCUCGACCAGUGGGUGGAGCAGCUCAACGAGUGCAAGCAGCUCUCCGAGGGGCAGGUGAAGAGCCUCUGCGAAAAGGCUAAAGAAAUUUUGACAAAAGAAUCUAACGUACAAGAAGUGCGAUGUCCUGUCACAGUGUGUGGAGAUGUCCAUGGACAAUUUCACGACCUCAUGGAACUGUUCAGAAUUGGAGGCAAAUCACCAGACACAAACUAUUUGUUUAUGGGGGACUAUGUUGACAGAGGCUACUAUUCAGUCGAAACAGUCACAUUGCUUGUAGCUCUAAAGGUCCGUUACCGUGAACGUAUCACAAUUCUUCGAGGGAACCAUGAAAGCAGGCAAAUCACACAAGUGUAUGGUUUCUAUGAUGAAUGUUUAAGAAAAUAUGGAAAUGCAAAUGUUUGGAAAUACUUCACAGACCUUUUUGAUUACCUUCCUUUAACUGCCUUGGUGGAUGGCCAGAUUUUCUGUCUACAUGGUGGCCUCUCCCCGUCGAUAGAUACACUGGAUCACAUCAGAGCACUUGAUCGCUUGCAGGAAGUUCCUCACGAGGGUCCAAUGUGUGACUUGCUAUGGUCAGACCCAGAUGAUCGUGGUGGCUGGGGCAUUUCUCCUCGAGGUGCAGGUUAUACGUUUGGACAGGACAUUUCAGAAACCUUUAACCACGCUAACGGCCUUACGUUGGUUUCCAGAGCUCAUCAGUUGGUAAUGGAGGGGUACAACUGGUGCCACGAUCGGAAUGUAGUAACGAUUUUCAGUGCUCCAAAUUACUGUUACCGUUGUGGCAACCAGGCUGCAAUUAUGGAACUUGAUGAUACUCUAAAAUACUCCUUUUUGCAGUUUGAUCCAGCGCCGCGCAGAGGUGAACCGCAUGUUACUCGCCGCACCCCAGACUACUUCCUGUAAAGAGAUUUUAGACCUGUACAGUAUUGCCAUGAACCAUACGUUGACCUAAGGAAAACGGGAAGAGCAACAGUAACUCCAAAGUGUCAGAAAAUAUUUAACGUUCAAACUUGUUUUCACAUGGACCAAAAGACGUGCCAUAUUCAAAUACAGAGCCUCUUGUCGUCAACAACUGUGACCACUUUAGAAUGAACCAGUUCAUUUUGCAUGCUGAAGCAACAUUGUUGGUCAAGAAACCAGUUUCUGGCAUAGCGCUAUUUGUAGUUACUUUUGCUUUCUCUGAGAGACUGCAAAUAAUAAGAUGUAGACAUUAACACCUCGUGAAUACAUUUAACUUUCCAUUUAGCUAUAGCUUUAUUCAGCAUGACUGUAGAUAAGGGUAGCAGCAAACAAUCAUUGAAGCUUAAAGAACAUUUUUAAAAUAAGUACCAAGGCCUCAUAUUUGUUCUGAAACUGUUUGUUUUAUUUUCAGGGAAUACUGUUUUAAUUUAAUUGUAUUUUUUUUUUUUGUCUGCACUCAGUUCCCUUCUCCACUCUCAGCCCUGCCAUAUUGUCCCUUGUAAUUGUCCGAGGAUAGUGAAUUACUUUGAACAGAGCUGUUUUUUUCUGUAAAACAAUGUUACUGCAGGACAGAGCUGCGGUGUUUUUCAUAAUAAACUUGUGAACUAAGUAUGGAAAAAUGUCAAAUCCUAAUUGCAUCUCAGGUCAGCUGUGGUUUAUUAAACUAACACGUAGCUGAAUGGACUAUAUCAACUUGCAUAGAAAUGUCCACCUUGAAUAACUAAAACUGAGGUGAUUGGAGUGUGCUGGAAAACUCUGCCCUCCUGCGUUCUGUCCUGGGGUGGUGUCUGGCCAUUGAUGUCACACGCAGCUGAACAGAGCUUGCUUGUUACUGACAAUGUUGCUCUUUCCCUCUCUGUGCUCUACUGGAAUACUCAAAAAUGGAAGACUAUAAGAUAUAAGAUAACUUAAUGGAUUGAGCGUGGCUUUUUUUUCAUGUGUAAAUCUGAGUUUAAGUCAUUUACUAUGUAGGUGCUAAUAAUUAAAGUCACUUUCUGAAAAACUGAGAAUAAAACCAGUUUUCU